AUUUAAUAAAAAUGAUAGAAUAUUUUCCAUUCGCAAAAUUAUUUCUUUUGACAAUACUCUUCACAAAUGUUUGUGAGAAUGCCGCUUAUAAGCCUCCAGAAGCUAAGGUGGAGCCCCUUCAUCCCAUGGGAUUACGCAUAUCUAUUCCUGAUGAACAUGGUAUUACAUUGGUAGCUUUCCAUAUAAACAUCAAUGAGGAUUUUGAUGGUUUAGAAGCAGGACGUUUUGCAAAAGAUAUUCUCAAAAUUCGAAAUGGACGAUGGACUUUCCAAGACAAGCAGGUUCAAUUAAGACGAGAUGAUAUUAUCUAUUAUUGGGUUCAUGUCGUAUAUGAGGGCCUAGGAUACAAUCUGAUUGAUCAAUCACAUCGGGUUGUUGAUUUCUUCAACUCUGACGGCACUCGGUACAUCGGCGACACAACUCAAAGUUCACAGAACUGCAUGACAACGUCGACUACAUGGAUAUCUGAGAAAGGCGAACAACGACAAGCUUGUCCAGGUCAACUCAUUUUUGAGGAUAACUUUGAUAAUCUCAAUAGCACAAAAUGGAAUGAGUGGAAACGUUUUUCCGGUUCGCCGAAUCAUGAAUUUGUCAUCUAUAUGACUAAUGAUGUAACAGAUACGAGUGAUGGAUUUCUGCGCAUUAAACCUGUCUUACUUGAUACUAAAUAUGGCAUAAACUUUGUAUCGAAUGGAAGAAUAAUACUGGAAGAUUGUACGGGCAGAAUUGGUACAGAUGAUUGCCAACGUCAAGCUGCUGGUUCAUACAUCUUGCCUCCUCUGAUCUCUGGACGAAUUAGUACAGAGGGAAAAUUUGAAUUUCUCUUUGGACGUGUCGAAGUAAGAGCCAAAUUGCCACAUGGCGAUUGGGUAUUUCCUGUGAUAACAUUGCAUAACGCCGAAAAUACAUUGGACAAUACAUUGGAAUCCAGAUCGCAUCGCGAGAUUAGGAUUGCAUCCUCGAUGGGCAAUGAAGAACUAAGGACUGGCAGUGGUGAGACCAUCAACAACCGCAUACUAACUGCAGGUGGAUUGAUCGCGUCCUGGAAUGAAAGUAACGCGGAAAUGUUGCCCAAAAGGCGAUCGAGCGAAUCCUGGUCCAAAAAUUUCCAUAUCUUCGAAAUUGAAUGGAAUGAUAGCCUUAUUAAAGUGAAGGUCGAUGGAGUGCAGUACGGGGAGCAAACCGUAGACAUAUCAUUUGGCAAAUCGUCAUAUUUGACUCUGGGUGUAGCCGUUGGAGGUCUUCAUGAAUUUGAGGAUCACAUCGUAAGUGGCAGAUAUAUCAAACCUUGGCGAAAUGUCGAAGCAAAGGCAUUGUACAAUUUCUAUCGCGCGAAAGAUAAGUGGUAUCCUACAUGGGAUACAACAACAGCGCUUGUAGUGGAUUAUGUGAAAGUGUGGGCAUUGUAAAUACAAUACUUUCGUCUGCAUGAAAACGUAUCAGCAUAACACAUAUAUUUUUAUAACUUUGGAUAUAUUCUAUACACGUGUUUUUCUUGCUAAAUAACACGUUUAUGAGUUUAUCAAUGACAACAUUUUACUUGAUUCAUAUACAAAUAAAUAAUAACGCACAGA